AUGUCUCAAAUAAUGCCUCCAAUCCCACGUAUCUUUUUCAGUUACAUCCAACCACUCUACUAUCUCUAUCGUGCGUUCCGGCCUCUCCUAAACCCAACCUCCAUAACCGCACCCUUGGUGGGUCGCAUUUGGCUCUGGGACCCCGACAACAAGUUUACGGGCGCCGAGCAGCCUCGACCAGUGGAGGCCCUAUGGGCGCACCAGAACUCGUCGUCUUUGUUCAUGCUUGCGCUGCUCACGUAUGUCAUCAUGUUCCACAGCACAGAAAGGAAGGUCGUGAGGGGUUACGUGCUAGUCAGUGCGUUGGCGGAUUUCCCACAUUGGGCCGCCCUGGCGAAUGGGAUGGGGAGUCUGGGCCACUUGUGGGACUUUGGGGCGUGGUCCGCGGAGAUGAGGAGUUUAAUCUUCUUUCCCAUGCUUGCCUUUGCGAUCAAAGUUGGAUAUUUGUCGGGGGUAUUCGGGGACGACAGGUCUCCUCGUCGUAAGGCGGCGGCUUAG